AUGAAAAUUAAACCGAAUGAAGAAGAACAGUUUAUCAAGAAGACCGCUGAUAGCAAAAGAUGUAAGUAAGCAGAUUUUCAGCUCAUGUUUUUUGGCUGCAUUCUAUCGAAAAUGUGAUAAAAAGCCCAAAAUGUGUAUCCCAUUUUUUGAAAGAUCUUGCAAAAUUUAAUUGGGUCCAAGUGUGAAGCUCUUCAAUUUUUUGAAAUUUUCUGAUCCGCAUAAGUAUUCAGAAUAAGCCAUAAAGUAAUCUCUGAGAAUUAUAAAUCUACAUUUACAAUAACAGCCGAGAUAUUAAACGGCUUUUCAGCUGGAUAAAGUGCGUGAAAGGCGGAGAGUGGCCAGGCGGAAAGCACUUUUUGGCAAUCUCUCGUAUAUCUUUGCAUUUUCCGCACGAAAAAAAUAAAUUUUUGUUGUGCAAACAAAACAAAACUUUGGGAAUGCUCUUUGCGAGAGAGCAGGCAAAAUGGGGAGAGUGGGUCAGAUAAAAUUCUUUUUUGGGGCACAAGUUUUGAUGAGAAUAGAGCUACUUUCAUCCAAAUUUAUAACAACUUACUGCAAGUUUGAAGGUCGCAUUUGGACUCCCUACCCUGUAAAUCUGAUCUCUUUUUGAUACAUUUUGCACUCUUCAGUUGCCACUAAAUUUUGAAACGACUGCCCUCAGGCUUCAAAAUCAACAGUAUCACUCAUUCCGCAUCCAAUAAUCACAAUAUUUUUCAGCGACUUCAACGCUAAUAACGGCAAUCUUCGUUUUCCUAACUCUGCUCACAGUAUGCACCGUCGCAUUUGCUCUUGUCUCAGCUUCCCACCUUUAUGGAAGAUCCAAACGGAAUAUGAAUUUUGACGACAUCUUUCCGAGCCUUCCUCCACCACAGGAGAGAUCGCUUUCUCGGCAAUCGCGAGCCUUGAAAUUGGAGAAGUCGGUGAAAUGCCUCAAGAUAAAUUGCUUGGCCGGCUUCGACUUUGAUGAGAGGACAAUUCAAACUGAAAUUGAUGUGGAUCUUGGAAGACGACUGUUUGAAAUGGAGCCGAAAGUAAGCAUGUAAAUAGUUGGACAGAUGGACAUCAAAUGAUGCUUAAAGAAGCCGUUUUUUCAGCGGCAUUUCUCGGAUUUUUUGCGGAUCCAUUUUUGAACUUCUGUUUUCAGGAUGAAACCGAGGAAAAAGUUGUGCUCUCCUUCUUAAAAUGCAUGGAAAAUUUAAACGAAAAUAGCGCAAAACACACGUUUUUGGAUGUCUACAAUAAAAUCAUGGAUAUCGAGGAAUUUGUGGACAAACUUAGGUAAAACUUUCGCUAUUUAAACAAAUUAUUUCAAUUGGAAUUUUUAGCGUGGAGCCGAAUAUCUCACUUGCCCAAGGGCUAACUCGAAUAGCACUGAUCUUCUGGAGAGAGCUCGGAAUCAACACCUUUUUUGAGCAUCGAAGUUUUUGGAAUUUCGACCGUGAUGAUCAACAUCGAAGGUUGACAGUGUACUUGAAACAGAAGACUCCGCCAAAACUGGAUAAGAAAUUGGUUAGCAUGGUGGGGAAAGGAGCUCAAGUCACAAGUAAGUUCAAGGAUAGGUUAUAAGAUAGUUUUGGUGCUACGACUUUUCGGGGGUAGCGACAGUUCAGGUCAACGAUAGUCGGCUCGUCGUUGCACUUAUGCAGGCUAGGAGAAGGCUUAUUGUUAGUUAGUAGAAAUACGAAGAUUGAUAGGUCCUAGGAUAGCUUAUUGCCUGUUUUGAGGUAAAUAUUUCACAUCUACUCACAUAAUAAAUGUCAAUAUAAAAGUUACGGGUCUUUGUCUUCUUGCCGUAAAUUAAAUUUUGAUCUUCUAUAGGUUACAAUGACUCAGCGCAAAGAAAACUAACGUCAGUAAUGACUAAAAUUAGAAAAAUUGGACAUAUUGCACUUUUUCGCCAAGUCUCCGCUGAGCCUUCGCCGGGCGUCUGCGGGCCAUCCAACGGCUUUGCCAGGCCUGGUAGAAACUUCCUACAACCUUGUUUUUUUGGUAUCCACCUGCCCUACGCCCCAUAUCGAUCUAUGGGAUAAAUUUUACUGCAUUCUUCUAGCGUGUUUUUUAAAAAUUAAAAAAAAGAUUUCUUACUACAUAUGUAUUAUUGUUGUCAUCACUUCAGACAGAAGAACGGGGGCUACAGAUGUCCUGCAAUUCUUCAAUCAUUCAGCCAACUCCAAGCUUCUCCAAAAACGCUACUCCUCCAACCCGUUGGACUGGAUCGCCCUCUCCGUUGCGGAAGCGAACCAACGAUGGCCAUUUUUCGACUUUGCCGAAUACUUUCAUAAACUCGGCUACCCAAUGAACAACUACGCCGAUGAAGUGGAGAUGAAGUUCGUUGUGGAAUCGGUGGAAUACUUGGACGCAUUGGACGACUAUUUGCAGAAUGCAAAGAAACCGGCGGCCUUUGCUUUUUUGCAUUAUCUUGGGGUGAGAUUUUAUUGGUAGUGAAAGUUUUUACAAAAUUAAGUGAAGAUUGGUUUUUCAUAAGAAGUAUGCAAUAUCAUUUUGCAGAAAAAAUAUUUUUUUAUCAAUUUUUCGCGAAAAUAUUGAGUGAAAUGUCGCUGCGCCGAUCGCGUUGCUGAAUUGAAAAGAAAUUUGAUUUUGCCGCUACACAAUUAAUUUUCUAGGCAGCGUUUUGAGUGGCAAUGCGAUAGAGCGCUCAUUAUUUUUUAGAGAGACUGAUAACCCCAAAUUUGGAGAUAAUUCGAUACUUUUAUUUUGGGUUUACUACAAAAUUUCCAUCAAAAAAGUCCUUUAGGGCAAAAAAUUGGCCAGGAUGUUGCAAAAAAUCUUUCUGACCGCUCUGCACAUUUCGUGUACUGGGACUUCUUACAUAUGUCAUCAAAAUUCGAAAAGUAUAUAAAAAUUUUUAAUCUUACGGCUUUCGUGGACAGAAAAGAUCUCAAUUUGAGCACGCUGAAAUUAUUGGUUUUCCCACAGCUGCCUUUUUUACACAAUUUUUUUGCAGUUCUACACAACUCUAUUCGAAUACAAAGAUCACUAUCUCACGGAGCAAUUUGAAGCCAACUGGAAGAAAUCGCUAAAUGUAAGAGCGUUUUAUAAACUUGAAAUUUCAAUACAUCAUACAUAUUAUUGACCAAAAAGCAUUAUUUCCAGCAAGAUGAAUCUCUUCGUCGAUGUGCUUCUCAACUCCGGCAAUUCUUGCCUGUAGCUGUCUCCAAGAUUUACAUGUCGGAAAUGGAGGAGUCGGAUAAAGAUCUGAUGAUUACUGAAGCCCUCAGUGUCUACAAUUACACACAUUACAAUGAAGUUGCUGACUUUGUCAGAGUAUACGAAGUGAAUCGAGACUUUACGAGGAUAUUUGAGAAAGAGAAUUAUCACAAACGGUUGAAUUAUGACAAGCUGAAUGGGACUUUAUUGGAUACGAUGGUCGAAUUGAGACAGUAAGUAAUCGUAAGUUGGCAAAAAUUGGUGGGGUCUUCGCUUGAAUCACAAAUUUUGGACAUGGUGAUUCUGUGAUUGCAUACCUCACAAUGGACAUCAAAAGAAAAAAAAUAAACAUUUUCGUCCAAAAUUGGCCAAUUGGCAACAAAAGUUUAAUAUUUUUUGACUAUUCGUAGUUUGCGUACUCUCUGACGAAAACUAUUGAAGAUAUUGGCUUCUUUUAACUUAAAGAAUUCACUCUGUCGCGAAAAUAAUGAGCACAAUGUCGUCACUGAAGUGAAGAGCAAUUUUUUUUUGUCGCGACACAGUUUAUCUUCUCGGCGGCGAUGCGAUUUUCGAAUAUAGUGCUCAUUAUUUUCCCGACAGACUUAUAUCUUCUAUCAAAGGACUACAUAUCCAUAUGUACUUACAUAUGAAUUAUCAAAAAAUUUUAUUACAGUGUGCGCCUUGCAGGGGCUGUCGAUUUUUUCUCUCCGACGAGGAAAUACGCAAAAUUCAGAGAGCGGAUUUUUUUGCAAAGCUUGUUUGGCUUUUCAAAAUAUUCAAAGUUGCUAAAAAUUUUAUUUUUGGAAGCUCACGAUUCAUACAACCUGACGACCCCAAAAUACAUAAGGCUUAUGUGACACCCUAAUAUGUAAAGUGGCCGACCUGAUCCAAUAAACGUACCAUUUUGCAUCGGGGAAGAAUCAAAAAUGUAGCAAAAUACCUCCCUCUCCAAGUGAAAAAACUCAGAUUUCAAAAGCGCGCCCGCUGUAUAACAUUUUCAGUUUUCGCUCAUCUCCGAUAUACAUAUCUAUAACAUUUUCAGUUUCGCACAUCUCCGAGACGUCCUCACCCUGAUUCACUCCAACUCUGACGACUAUGUGAGCGAGCUCUCGUACAAGUCGGCCCUCACCGUUCUCCCCGAAUACAUAGCGCAGGAACAGACAAUGUACGUUCCAUUGGGCAUUAUGAAUCUUCUCCAAAACAUCUAUGAUGAUCAUUCCUAUGCUCUGGAUGACAGUACUCGAGUAAGUAAAAGAAAUCGGGCCCAGAGUAAUUUGUACAACACUUUCAGUUCGAGAAAAUGUUGUCGACUCUGAAAUGCCUUAUUCGCAGCAAACGUCGAAAAGGAGAUUUGGACAUCUGGGAGGACGGAAUCAACCGCAAAACUCGAGGGCUUUUGAAGGACCCAAAAUCGAUUCGGCGGAUAAGGUCGUCGACUGAAAAUUGUUGA